GUAUGUUUUCAUCGCUGGAUGGUGGUAAUUGUCAACCUGUGAAUAAUCGAAAUGAUUAUGUCUAUGAAGGUUUUACUACAAAAUCCGAAAGCCAUUUUCCCGAAAAAAACAUAAUACCGACCAAAUUGGUCAGCAUUAUAACUAAUUCUGGUUAA